AUGAGGCAGCGGUGGGGCUCCAGCUUCCCCCGAAGCCCGAGCGGUGUUUUCCCUCCGCGCUGCCCGGCCCCUGAAAGCGAUCGGCGUCAGCCCUGGGCCGCGGGGCGGGAGGGCGUCGGCCCCGCGAGGUCCCUAAGCGGCGGCAGGUGCGGGCAGCGCGGUCGGCGGGAGCGCUCGGGCGCCGGGCUCAGAGCCUCGCGCGGCCCCGGGAUGCCGCUCCGCGCAACAAGUGCCGGCACCCACAGCAUCCCUGGCGCCCGCAGCCGAGCGUCGCAGAGCUCCCCAGGGCGCCGGCUCUCCACUCGCGGCGCCCGCGCCUCGCGCCCCGCGCCCGUCCCCCCGGAGCCCCCUAGCCUCCCUCAGGACCCCCGACGCCUCGCACGGCGGGAAACCUCGCGGGGCGAUCCGCGGCCGCGCGCACCCCUCACGCACUCACCGGCCCGAGCCGGAGCGGCCAUCUUAGCGCGAACCGCGGGCCCGCUCCCCGGUUCGCCGCCGCCGCCGCCACCGCCGCCGCCGCGGCCGGUGAGCGGCAACGUCACGGUGACGUCAACAAUAGGGUCCUCCACACGGCCCCGCCCCUCAGGGAUCCUGGGGGCCGGCUCUGCAGGCCCCGCCCCUUCGCGCGCCCCGCGCCUGCGCACUCGCCCUCCGAGAGCCCUCGGCGCCUCGCGGGACUGCUGCUGUCCUCUGCAGGAGGUGGCCAUAGGAGCUGUGGAGAGACCCCGGCUGGCCUGGAUCUGCCCCAUGCUGGGAGAUGUCCACGGGCUCUGCUGCAAGAGGUAUGAAGACGCUGGGGCUGACAUGCAGUGGAGGGACAGGAGGGAUUUUGUACCUUUGGUCGCCGAGCCAUCUCUCAGCAGAGUUGAGGAGGUGUCUUCAGUACUGUAAUGACCACUUAACUCCUUGUACACUAGCGGAAAUUUUGCCAAGGAGUUUUGUCAUUUAACUUGGGAGAGUUGAUUACAGAAUAUUAUGUAGUCAUUAGUCUUCAGUAGCCUCUUUGUGCAUGCUAUUCAUUUUUUUUAACUUUAAAAUUUUUUUUUUCAGUCGUGUGGAACACGCCGAAUCAGCCCGCUGCAGAC